CGUCACAGAGACGGAGCAGUAAUGUUGUCACUCGGCAAAGUGCAGUUUUUCUUAGUUUAUUUUGACAUGACAUUACUCGGAUAUGCUGUGGACGUGAUGCAUUUACAUGGAGACACAUGGAGUUUCCAGCGCACAGAGAAAGUGGAUUUGUUGCAGCACUUCUCUCAGAUGGUUGUCAACACCACUAAUGUAUCCCUACUGGUGGACAGUCAGAUGUGUCCAACUCUCCAAAUCGGCCUUUAUGCCGGUUUAAUGAUGGCCACACAGCAGGCGUUCAGACCAAGGUUUUCUGAUGAGUUUAGUGUGCUGAUGGAGUUGCGCAGCUCUCAGAAGGAGGAGAGCAGUGUGGUGACUCUGUUAAACUCCCAGCAUCACAUCCACCUGCAGCUCCGCCUCGGCCCACAGUCCCUCACCUUCAUCUCCACCCAACACAGAGAAUACGAGUUCACUGUGGAGUCUUUGUGUGAUGGUCGCUGGCACCAGGUAUCUCUGGGUGUCUCCCAGCUCUGGCUGGAGGUUUAUGUGGACUGUUCUCUAGUGGAGAGGGUGAACUGGGCCUAUCCUUGGCAGGGCAUCUCCACUGAUGGCGUGCUGAUGAUCGGAGGCAGCCUGGAGGGCUUUGAGAUGCCAUUUGAAGGUGCUGUGAGACAGAUGACCUUUGUGAUGGGGGAUUCAGAUGCUGCCAGACACCACUGUACUCUCCAUCAGCCUGUCUGCAACAUACCAACCUCCAAUGCACUCUGGAACAUGCAUCCUGGCACCAGGCCCCAGCAGUCGUCUAACAGUGCAGAGGGAUCUGCAGAUAAGGAGUCCAUACAUCUGGAUCACCUGUCAGAGAGAGACCCUAUAGACUCCACCCGUCAAGAUGCUGCCGCCCAAAGUCAUGGCUUUGAACUUGUUGAUGAACCUCACAUCAUGUUGGCCACUAACAAUGAAGACAGAAGAGCUCAUGGCAUUGAAUCCAUUCCAAGCAUCCAAAUGUUAGAUGAAAAUAUCAUCCAAAAAAGUGCAGCAGACACAGCAGUGUAUGUUGUAGCGGAUGUAACUUCACCUGAUUCACUGACACAAAUGGAGAUAUCCAAUGUCACUUUACCGAUGGAUGAGAACAUGUUACCAUCAGUGGUGUCAAAGGGACACUGGGAGACGAACAGCUAUUACCCUCUUUUAAGAAACAAGGAAGGGCAGCAUUCCAGUCUGAAGCACAUGGAUUCACUGCCGUCUGUACCUGCAACAGGAACGGGGAACAUCGUCUUUGGAUCUGACCGGAGAAUGUACCGAAUCUACAAAGGUGCUCCUGGUCCAACUGGACCACAGGGAAGAAGAGGAUGUGCUGGAAGAGAAGGCUUUAUUGGAUUUAAAGGUGAAAAGGGCUCUCAAGGUAUUCCAGGUCUGGAUGGAAGAAGAGGAGAUCCAGGGCCUUCAGGACCUCCAGGACUUCCCACUCUCUACCUAUGGAGGAACACUGAGGCGGACUGGGCUGCUUUCAGGACAUCAGCCUUCUAUCAGAUGCUCAGAGCUGGCUGGCCAGUGAAGCCUGGCCCACCUGGACCCAUGGGUGAAAUGGGCAAACCUGGCCCUCCAGGUAUUCCUGGAAAUCCAGGAACAAGAGGGAUACCAGGACAGAGAGGAGACAUGGGUUACCUUGGGCCAAAGGGCGCCCCCGGCAAGACAGGGAGGUGGGGCAGGAGUGGCAGCCAAGGACUGGAUGGACGUCGUGGGUCACCAGGACUACCAGGGCUGCGGGGGCCCAGAGGAUUUAAAGGAGAGGGGGCUUCACCAGGGGAGAAAGGUGAUCAGGGUUUCCCCGGUGGGCUUGGACCAAGUGGAGACAGAGGGAGGGCUGGAGAAAAGGGAUAUAAAGGGGAACCAGGAGAAGAUGGACCUGUUGGCCCUCCUGGUUCAUUAGGUAAAAGAGGCAUUCAGGGGUUCCCUGGACCGCCAGGGCCAAAGGGAGACUCUGGACAAGAAGGAGAAAAGGGUCCUCCAGGACCAGGGGGUGCAGCAGGGGCAACAGGCGGUUUAGGACCACCCGGACUGAAUGGAUCAGAUGGGGAUCGAGGUCCAACUGGUCCACGAGGUCGUAAAGGCCCUCCAGGGCUGCCAGGAUUAGCAGGAGAGACAGGCUCACCUGGACCUCACGGGACUCAGGGUCAGCGAGGUGAUGAUGGCCCUCCUGGUCCAAAAGGGGAUAUUGGUGAAAUAGGGCCCAUGGGUCCAAAAGGAUCACCUGGCAUUGAAGGGCCCAUGGGGAUGUCUGGAGGCCCUGGUCCAAGAGGAUUUCCAGGUGGCGCAGGCUUCAGAGGACUGGAUGGUGACAAAGGAGACACUGGACCCAAAGGAGACAGAGGCCCACCAGGUGCUGCAGGGAUCCACGGUCCUCAGGGAGAGAGGGGUGAACGUGGCACCUCAGGUCUUCUAGGGGUGAGAGGUCAACCUGGGCCCAGAGGAAAACAGGGUGAAGAUGGGGAGGCUGGUAGUGCUGGAGUGGUUGGGAAACAGGGGCCAAAGGGCAGCAGAGGCACCCCAGGAAAAAAUGGAAAGUUAGGACCCAGAGGACUAAAGGGUCGCACAGGACUCCAGGGCCCCUUUGGUCUGCCUGGCAUGCCGGGUUUUAGAGGCAGAGUUGGGAUUGAGGGACCAGAAGGAAAGCCUGGUACACAGGGCGCUCCUGGUUCUAUUGGCUCUCCUGGCCCUAAAGGAGACAGAGGGAUUCCAGGUGUGGCUGGUGAUACAGGGCAGACAGGUUCUCCAGGAGCUCUGGGCCCCUCAGGAAAGCCAGGCCAAGAUGGGAUCCCUGGACCAGCUGGUCAGAGAGGCUUCAUGGGGAAACCAGGGUUGAUGGGCCCCCAGGGACCAGUGGGAAUGUAUGGUUACUCUGGAUCAGUGGGUCUGACUGGGAGACCAGGCCACAUGGGGCAAAGAGGAGAUGCUGGUGUCAGAGGGCCUCCUGGCAUCCAAGGACAGACUGGACCUCCAGGUCUGCAGGGCCCUCCUGGUGGUAGAGGGACACAGGGACCACAGGGCCGUCAAGGAGAGCUGGGGCCCAAAGGUGUCCAGGGACUGCCAGGCCCUCCAGGCCAGCCAGGACCAAAAGGCAGUAUGGGGAGCCAGGGUCCUCCAGGGAGUCAGGGGCCUCCAGGACCACUGGGGUCAGCUGGACCUAGAGGGUUUCCAGGCCCACCAGGUGUGAUUGGACUGAUGGGUCAGGCUGGAGAGAAAGGAGAUCAGGGAGCAGUGGGUCCUGCUGGUGAUAUUGGUGCUCCAGGUCUGGGUGGGCAGCAGGGUCCUCAUGGGCCUGCUGGUGAAGAAGGGAUUCCUGGAACAAAAGGUGACCAGGGAGCUCCGGGCCCCCAGGGACAACUGGGACUCAAGGGACCAAAUGGAAAGCCAGGACCUCAGGGCUCCCACGGGCUGCAGGGUGAGCCUGGGCAGAGGGGCAAAGAGGGAGAAGUUGGAGAGCCUGGAGUUCCUGGGGAUCCAGGUGCUAAAGGAGCAAAGGGAGAUAAGGGAAAUCGUGGCCUCUUCGGAUCAGAGGGCCUUCCAGGAGUCCUAGGCACACAAGGACGAAGAGGGUCAAAAGGAGAAAAGGGUUAUGCUGGCUUAAUGGGUCAAGGGGGGCUGAUGGGGAAGAUUGGACCAUUAGGUUUAUUAGGACUACAGGGUUUUCCAGGUAUUUUUGGGAUUCCAGGAUCUGACGGGCCACCAGGACAGAAGGGGGACAAAGGUCCUGCUGGUUUGACUGGGGAGCCGGGAACUCGAGGCCCAAAGGGGGUGGCAGGAAGCCCAGGUGUGAAAGGUGACAUGGGAAAGCCUGGACUAGUGGGGUCUGCAGGAGUCGCAGGAAAACCAGGUGAUUCUGGUUCAAAGGGCUUUUCUGGAGUUGAGGGUUUGAGAGGAGAGCCUGGGCAGAAAGGGGAGCCAGGAGAAGUGGGUCUUGAUGGCCUGCCAGGAAGUAAAGGACAUCCAGGAUUACCAGGGCCAGAGGGUGUGGAGGGGGAGAUGGGAGAUCAGGGUCCUGUUGGCCCUCCAGGACCUCAGGGACCAAAAGGUAGACCUGGGCUGGAGGGAAGGAAUGGACAAAUUGGUCGAAAGGGAGAUGAUGGCAAAAGGGGACGUCCAGGGAAGGAUGGACGCAUUGGAAAGAGGGGAAAAAGAGGGAAAGCUGGAAGUAGAGGCACAAGAGGAAGGCAAGGAGAGAAGGGAAAGAUGGGAGAUUUUGGUGCAUUUGGUCCUCCAGGGAGACUCGGCACAUUUGGUGAAUCUGGUCCACGUGGAGAAAAAGGUGAAAUGGGCAGAUCCGGUUUAAAGGGAGAACCUGGGGCUAUGGGACCACCUGGCCCUCCUGGCAGAGAUGGGUUAAAGGGAAUGCAGGGCUCUAUUGGGGAGCCCGGAAGAGCUGGUCAAAAGGGAGAGCAGGGGGAUAUUGGUCAACCAGGUAGAGGAGGUGCUCCAGGCCUGCCUGGGCUGCCUGGGUUGUUUGGGAAGAAGGGCCUCAAAGGAUAUGCUGGACUACCAGGCCCUAUUGGAGAGAAAGGCUUACCUGGUCCACCCGGCCCACCUGGACCCCAAGGAACCUCCCUGAACCUCACACUAACUCAGCUGAAGGAGCUCAUGUAUAUGUCAGACAAGCCCAACUACAUCCUGGUCCAGACUUUGUUGGACUCCCUGCAGAGAGAUCUUCACUGGUUCAUAAACCCACCAGAUGGCACCAAACAACACCCAGCUACUACAUGUCUUGAGCUGUGGCUCGCUCACCCCAACUCCACUAAUGGGAUGUAUUACAUCGAUCCUAACCAGGGGAGCCCAGCUGAUGCUUUUCAAGUGUACUGUGACUUCACAGCAGAGCCAAAGACCUGCCUGUCUCCACUCCAGCCUCAGGUUCCAGUCAAAGCUUGGCUGAAGGAUUCUGGCACCAAUAUGUCAUUUCACUGGUUGAGCACAGUUGAAGACGGCUUCCAGUUUGAGUAUCCAGGAGGAACAGAUGUGGUGCAGAUGAGGUUUCUGCGACUCAGCAGCAGAUUCUCCAGUCAGACCAUCACUUAUUCCUGUCAGCAGGGAACGAGACAGGGCAGCACAGAGAGGGAAGUUAAGUUCCUGGCUGACACUCGGAGGCAGAGUUACCUGGGGGCACUGCGAGACUGUGUGUUGUCGGAGCAGCUUGAGUCGGCAGCCCAGGAAUCAGUUUUUCAAUUUGAAAGCGAAGAUCUCCAACUGCUGCCUCUCAGGGACCUGGCAGUGUUCGGAAACAAAGAUGUAACGCAGGAGUUUGGCUUCACCGUAGGACCAGCAUGCUUCAGCUAAGGACGCCCCCUGUCUCUUAGCAUGGCUGCAUUUGUGUGGUCGUCUGCAGCUACAACAAUCUGAACAGGCAAACCAUGUAUUUCUGGCACUUUUGUACUGUCUUUUAUAGCUAUUUCUGAUUUGGCAUUGCAUUCUAGUUCACAGUUGUCCAACAUUUUUGCAAUUGGGCUGACUAGCCAUUUCAUUCUGGAUUUUUUGAGCAAUGUUUGUAUUGGGAAGUCUGGGUCGAAAAUUGACCAAGCACAAUCUUUUUCACUAUUAAUGAGGACAAAAGGCACAAAGUGAGCUGAAGAUCCUUCAGGAGAAAGUUUCUGAAGAUUUCCUCUGCACAGACUGACUGUUGACUCACCCACCUUUAAGACCAGGGAUAUUUUGAUUAACUAUAUUUUGUACAUUUUGUUUGUGUGUUUUUGAAACGUGCUUAUUUAUAUAAAUGCUCAACAUUCAUUUAGUCAUUUCAAUUUUGAUUCAGGUAUGUUUUUACUUGAUCAUUGUGCUCAAAUGUCAACAUAGGUGGUGGAAACUUGGUGACGUAGUGACAACUCCUGGGUCAUGCAACAAAGUUCAUAUGAUAGCUUUUUCUUUUUUGUUUUCUCUGUUCCUUCAAAGGUUAACAGUGUCAAGAUGGCCAGAGCUCAACGAUGUACAUAAGCACCUCAUUAAUUGAUUUUACAAUGAAAAUUAUGGAUUUUAUUGAUAAGAAGGACACAAAUCCCACCUGUAUCACAACUCCAAUACCUCUACAGCACAAUCAGAAUACUAUUCAUGGAUUCAUAAAAUAAAUCAGUAUCAUUAUCAGUGUUUGUUGAUUGAAAAAUAACACUACAGUUGUCUCCAUUACAGUUUGGCCACACCGACAAGUUUGCUUUUCCACCGUUAAAUUUCCUGAUGGUACAUACGGUUGUAACACUUCUUUAAUAACCAGAUUUAAGCAACCCAAUAGCCAGACUAAAUGUUGGCGCUGGACAUUUCUGCAAACCACAGUUAUGUUUCAUUUUUACAUUUGAUAUGUAGCAGAUAUGUUUAAACUUUAAACUUCUUUAUGUUUCAGUUUUCUAUUUAAUGUUGUGACAAGGCUGUGGUCAUGGUGUGCUUAGGUUUAAGCACAAAAAACACUUGAUCAGGAUGAGGAAAACAUGGUUUGGCUUAAAAUACCACAACACAACAAACAUGGCUGAAAAUAUCCCCAUAUAUUGUUAAAUAAUACCCUGUUUUAUCGUGACAAAUACUGCUGGAAAUGUCCCAACGUGUCAUUAAAAAUACCCGCUAUUUUUUGGAUCUCGAACAUCAGUCAUCUUCCAGUUUUGUCACAACAACUACGGUUCAAAAUGACCUGAGAUAUUGUUGAAAAAUACUAAUUUUGUCUCAACAAACACAGCUGGAAAUGUUCCAUGUCAUGCCAUCCUCUGUGCCCUCCUCCGCCUCCUGAUGGGAAACUCAGGUCAUAUUGUUGAAAUCUGAACUCUGAUAAAUGUAUUGGACUCAAAAAUCCAGUAUUGUUCAGGUUAUAGUUUGAUGAACCAGGCUACCUGGGUAAAAAAUGAACAGAUCAUUUGCCACUUUCAGUCCUUUUUAAAAGUGUUUACAAAUCCUGACAUGAUGUUGUGUUUUCAAAUGCUUACCUCAUGGUAAUCUCAUGAAAAGACAAAUUAUGUGAUAGUCUGUGUCUCUCAGUACUUUCUGAUUACCAUACCCUUACUACGCUCUUGUGUAGUCCAUAGUCCAUUUCAUGGUAUUUAUCUGAUGAAUUGUGUACAGUGUCGGUCCUUUGUACUCACUUUAUUAAUGAGGUUUUGGUUGUUAAACCAUGAGGAACAUUUUUAUUUAGGUUUCACCAUCUGCUAAAUCUCAUCAGGGAAGAGUCUACCAAUCAGAAGAUGCCAGAUGUGUUUUUUGUGAUCCUAUGCAGCUGUCCAUGACACUAUUUGAACCUUUAUUUUAAAUGUAACUGUUGUAAAUACAUCAUGUGGCUGUUGUAGAUAUUUCAAUUAGUUUAUUUGUUAUUGCCUGUAGUCAAUGUAUUGUAGUUCUUCAGCCUACUUUGUGCAUAUCCAUCAUGAGCUGGUUUCUGUUGAGUUUCUAAUUGUUUUAAGGUUCUUAAUUUAUGUUGUGUUGAUUCCAGGCUUCUUGUUUCUCAGUGUUUCUUAACACUUAAAUGAUGCUGCACAAAAAUUACACAUACAUUAAUUGUUUGUUUGUUUUUUGGCCACUUGUGCGCUGCAGAGUGAGCUGAAAACACAAACAUAACAUUAUCACCUUAUAAAUUUGGUAUGGGGAAGUAAACAGUUACCUAUUGCAACAUAAGCAUUCAUCUGGAGUUGUGUUUGUGUCCACCUGAUGAAUGUUAGUGUGAUAGCCACACUUACUUCGCUCUGGUUUGACUUCCACAAACUCCAGAGAAAAACAUCUGACUCCUCAGCUGCCAAAUGCUCCACUAUGUUUACCCUCUCAUCUCUUACUUUGUCUGUCUGCUGUUAGGUGCUGGAAGGGUAGUGUACCAUAGUGGCCUUAUCAGGUUUUUUUUUUUUUUUUUGCUGGAACAACCGACUGCUACCUAAAAUGGGGUCCACAGGAAUAGAGUUGUGGGCUGGAAAUCCAAACCAUUGUGCUGAAAGAGGCUAAAAAGCUCAGCAGAGCUGAGGCGAACUGCAGUCUGGUGAUAACUCUUUGAGGGUUUGUCAGUAAAAGCCAUUUAACAUGUGGUCAUUUGAUCCAUUGUAUUAGUGCAGCUUUAGCCAGUAUAAGUACGUUUUUACACAAAUGAUGUUCCAAAUGGAUAAAUAAGUUAUUUUGAUAGGAUUUGAAAAGAAGGGAUGUUGCAGUUUUAAUUGUAUAUGGUCCUGCAGACUUGGACACUGUAUUACCUCUGAGCUACCCA